CCUCCUCUUCCAUCUUACUCAGUGCAACCUCACCAACAACCAUCGACUCCACCUUCACCAUGAAGUUUUCCAGCAUCGUCUUCCUCCCCCUUCUGGCGGGUGCGGUCUCGGCUGCUGCCAUUCCAGCUCCUGCUGCCCUCGCUGAGGUCGCCGUCCGCGAGGCCAGUCCUCCCCACAAGACGGCACCAUUCAAGGCGCGUGAGGCCAGUCCUCCUCACAAGACCGCUCCUUUCAAGGAGCGCGAAGCAAGCCCACCCCACAAGACUGCCCCAUUCAAGCGCAGUCCUCCACACAAGACUGCCCCAUUCAAGAGGGACGCCGUGGAAGCCCCCUGGAAGCGUAGCCCACCCCAUAAGACCGCGCCCUUCAAGCGGGAGGCUAGUCCUCCUCACAAGACCGCACCCUUCAAGGAGCGCGAGGCCAGUCCUCCUCACAAGACUGCACCCUUCAAGCGAGAGGCUAGUCCCCCCCACAAGACUGCUCCUUUCAAGGAGCGCGAGGCAAGCCCUCCCCACAAGACCGCACCGUUUAAGAGGGACCCCAGCCCACCCCACAAGACCGCACCCUUCAAGGAGCGCGAGGCCAGUCCUCCUCACAAGACCGCACCUUUCAAGCGGGAGGCAAGCCCUCCCCACAAGACUGCUCCCUUCAAGCGGGAGGCAAGCCCUCCCCACAAGACUGCUCCCUUCAAGGAGCGCGAGGCCAGCCCUCCUCACAAGACCGCACCAUUCAAGCGUGAGGCUUAGGGUGGCUCACCUGACAAAAAUGCUUCCUACGAGUGCACCCCAGUCGCCGGGUAACUACCCAAGACUACCUCUUAGCCAAGCUCAAGAUAUUGUUUUCAAUUAAGGCUUCAGGGUGUAAAGGAAUCACUGUAUGGAUGAAGGCUGAAUGAUGCUAUUGGCAAUUGGCAUCGCAAGUUCAACUGAAGUGGUAUUCUUGGAGCUAUUUUCAUAUCAUAUGAGUAAUGAAGAUUAUAAAGAUAUUU